GAUGGGCGGAUUUUGAAAUUUUGAAAAACAUCUGUGGCCAUUUGGCAAAAGUCAAAAAUCAGUGUGUUGGCUCGAUUUUAGGAUUUUUAGGCAAAUAUAUUCAUUUUUAUCACGUAAUUACUUUAUUAUAAUGCGACCUAAAUUAUUUAAGUAGCCAUGAAAUUAGUUAAAAUAUAUUAAUCGAGUGAAUACGCAUAUUGGAAUCGUUUUAUCUUUUCGAGUGUACUAUAGUUGGAGGUUCGGGCCGUCAUGAUAUUGCAUUGUUAGGCCAAAUUUUGUAUGGAAAUUGUGAAAAUGGAGCUCAGGGAGGCUGGUGAUGGGGCAGCGGCUGGCGAAUAUGACCGCGGACCCAAGAAAUACAGCUGGUCAGAGGUCCGACAGGCUGUGCAUGAUUUACGUAAAGAAUUAUCGUCUUUGUCGACCAUGGUACCUAUGGCUAUAUCGUUUAGGAGACUCGGCAAUGGAAAAACGAGAGUCUACUUCUUGAGGACUCCUCAGAACGGGUGGGAGAUCACACUGCUCUAUACGGACGUUACGCCCUCCCAACAACCUAGCAAUGCAAGAUUAGAUUGGAAACCUCUCAUCGAAUCGAACGUAGCCCUGGGUGUGUCAUCGGGCAAGUGGUCCAGAGAGGAACAGCUGUUGUGGGAGCGCCAGCGGGUGGCCGCGUGGGGCAUAGCCUCCUAUGAGCUGCACCCUAAGACGGGGCGGGUGCUGUUCCCAUGCGCCUCUUCACUGUUCAUAGCUGAGGAGGGGCCUAAUCAAUCACCACCUCUAGUACCCCGCUCGCUCAGCACCGGCUGGGGUGCUCCGCUGACGCCCGCGAUGUGUCCCUCCCUGCCGUCCCUAGUGGCGCACGCGGCUCGAGGGGACAUCUGGCUUGCGGGGGACACUCUGCGCAGGCCAGCCAGACUCACCUACGCUUGCAAGGGAGGUGAUGAGAAGUUAGCGGACGACCCUCGUCAAGCUGGAGUGCCGUGUUACGUUACGCAGGAGGAAUUCUCCCGGUACACCGGCAUCUGGUGGCAGCCCAAAUGCGAUGAUGACGUAUUCCGGAUAGUAUACGAGGAAGUGGACGAAAGUGACGUGAAGAUAUUCAGCUUCCCCUCCUCGCAGAGCUCUAGCGGGGAAGUGGAGGAGUUCAGGUUUCCACGAGCAGGGACCCCGAACGCGAAAUCAAUACUCAAAAUGGUGACCUUCCGACUACAGAAGGCGACCCCCACCACCGUCUUAGAUUAUUAUCAAGAAGGAAACUCGGAACGAAUAGUUUCAGACUCAAGCAAUGAUUCAAUGGAAGUGACAGAUAUCCGGUGGUAUGACCUUCGGCAGUCGCUGAAAGAGACCUUCCCUUGGCUGGAAUACUUGGCCAGGGUGGGGUGGACGCCGUGCAAUCAAUACGUAUGGGUACAGUUACUGGACAGGAAACAGCAGCGGUUAGAACUCGCGGUAGUGCCAGUGAGUGAGUUCAGUGCUCGCGCGAGCUACGAGAACGCGCCCGCGGAUAUGAACCCCGGGGAGAUGAAUGAGCCUAUUCUGCAUAAUAAUACUCAGCCAAUCCAAGUCUUAGUACAAGAAUCAGCGCCCGAAGCGUGGGUGAACGUGCACGACAUCCUGCAUUUUCUGCCUUCCUCUCUUGGCACCGUGAAGUUCAUAUGGGCGUCGGAGGAAACUGGCCACCUUCAUCUAUACCUUAUUACAUGCGCCGUGCCCGGGAAGAGAGCAGAAUCGGUGAUAGAGAUGAUAACAGAGGACGAGUCACACGCAAUAGGCCCCAAUAUAAUAAGUAAAGAAGCGAUCACUACUGGUGAAUGGGAGAUCAUGGGAAGGAAGAUUUGGGUGGAUGAAUCCCGAGGCCUAGUGUACUUCGUAGGGCUCCGUGAGACGCCACUGGAGCGCCAUCUAUACGUAGCGCCCUUCAACCCGCCUCGGCCGCACCAAGUCACUCUACUUACCACUGUUGGCCACUCGCACACGGUUGAUAUGGACGAGGAUUGCUCGAUGGCGGUUAUUACGUCCUCAAAUAUCAGCAGCGUGCCAAACACGCGAGUGUAUCGAGUCACUCACGGAGCGAACACUAUGCUGUUACCGCACGGGACUCUAGUCGAGAGAGCGAGCUCAGAGUCAUCGGACACGCGGUCGUUCAACGGCUCCUGGGACAGCAGGUCGUGUGACGGCGAGGACGACAGCGAAGUAUCAUUACUUGUGAGGGAACGUUCCCUCAGCAGCAUAGACGUACCCCCACCACAGAUACUGUCGACGCGACUGUCGUGCGGUCUAAUGGCGUAUUGCACGCUGUGGCGAUGCGCGGGCUCGGGCCGGCGACCCACUGUUCUACACGUGUACGGCGGGCCAGAGGUGCAGACAGUUACCAACAGCUACAAGGGUAUUCGGCAACUGCGGAUGCAUAUGCUGGCCGCCCGGGGUUUCAACGUGGUCGCAGUCGACUCUAGGGGGUCGAAGCAUCGUGGCAGGGCGUGGGAGGCCGCCAUAAAGGGGAAGAUGGGGCAGGUGGAGCUGGAUGACCAGGUAGAAGUAUUACAGUGGCUGGCCAAAGAGACCGGCUGCAUAGACAUGGAACGAGUGGCUAUACACGGCUGGAGUUAUGGUGGUUACCUCUCGCUAAUAGGCCUAGCGACUCGACCCAGCAUCUUCAAAGUGUGCGUGGCGGGAGCACCCGUAACGUGUUGGCGACUCUACGACACGGCGUACACGGAGCGAUACAUGGGUCUACCCGCAUGGGCGCCGCAUGCGUACAGCAGAGCGAGCGUGCUUGCGCAUGCGCCUUUCUUCCCCGACAAAGAAGGCAGGCUACUCAUAAUCCACGGGUUGGCGGAUGAGAACGUACACUUCUGUCAUACCGCGGCUUUGCUCGCCGAGCUUGUGCGGUUAGGGAAACCGCAUCGCGUACAGGUUUACCCAGGCGAAAGGCAUUCUCUGCGGGCGAUGCACGCGGCGAAACACUACGAAGCAACUCUACUUCAUUUCCUACACGAAAACCUGUGAACUACCCUCCAUACACCAUCAAACAGCAGUCGCCUACCAGUCGAGCAACUAGUCGACCAACUUGUCCAAUACGGAUAACUACCCUCACAUCAACACAACACUCGCCUACCAGUCGCGCAACUUGUCGACCAGUUUUUCAGUAAUGACGUCACGAAAAUCUGCGAACUACCCUCACCAUCAAACAACAAUCGCCUACCAGUCGCGCAACUAGUCGACCAACUUGUCCAAUACGGAUAACUACCCUCACACCAACACAACACAAGUGAUAGUACUGUAAAUGCAGACAUAAUAAUAUAACUGGUGCAAUUUUAUUCAUAAUUUUUAAUUACUUAAAACUGGUAGGCAAAUGUUUCUUAUAGAGAUCACUCAGUAUAAGGGUGCCUGUCCAUUGAAGCGGAAUGUAAUAUUAGUCCACCAGUCAGAUAUUUGAAAGAGAACGCGUUCAUUUUAUCAUGUCAUUUAAGUUCCUCAUUUAAGUCCUCCGAUUUGAUCUGCGAUUGUUCUGCUACAUGUCUAUUCCACUCCGCUUACUCGUAGUGGACAGGUACCCUAAGAAUCGCAGGAGGCGAAAGAACGGUAAAAAGGCGAAUUUUUCAAUUCUUAAAUUCGAGUGUAAAUGCGUUAGCAGAAUUAGGCACGCCGUAAAAAUCCAUGAGCUCUGUCAUCAGAAUUUCUCUGUUGCGUCCUAUGCGGCCGAAUCUUGCUGACAUGCGCCUUUUUAGUAUUGGAAAAUGCGUAUCUUUCGGUUAGUCUUAUAUGCGAUCACCUUUAUUAUAUUUUGUAGCGUUAUGCAAUAAUGUGACAAGUUAUUUUUUUUUAAAUUUAAGUAAUCUUAUGAAGUACUAGCUGAUGCCCGCGACUUCGUGCGGAUAUAGGUUUUUCAAAAAUCCCGUGGGAGCUCUUUGAUUUUCCGGGAUAAAAAUUAACCUAUUUCAUUCUCCAGAUCUCUAACUAAAA